UUUAUGUUGCAGGCAAAUCCUCACCAAGUUCUUGGAGCAAAUCUGUAGGAGGCCCUACCUGGAGUACGUCUGACAUUCCAGAAAGUUCCUGGAGCAAAUCUGGAGUGACCAGCUGGAGUUCAUCAGACAUGAAAGAUGGGGCCAUGAAGUUUGGAGGAUCUCCUGACAUUCAAUGGGAAACAUUUAGCUUUGAAUCUGCAGAACCAUCAGAGUUCAGCUGGAGUGUAGCUGGUGAAGGAAAUGGUGCAUUUAGUAGUGGUGGCGCUGGUGGUUCUGGUGACCUUGCCGGUGGCUGGGGAACAUGGGAAAGUGUUGGCAGUGAAAAAAAUCAAGCUGGGUUUAAAGGUGACUUUGGUGGAAGUUGGUCUUCAUCAUCUAAGGGGGGAUUUGGAAAUGCUGAGUCUUCAAAUUGGGGAAAAAAUUUAAUAGAAAGUGACUUUAACAUGGCUGGUGGUGCAGGCAGUGUAGAGCAUAGUAAAGGGCAAAAAGGUAAAGAAAAAAAGGGUGGUGUAGGUGACAUAUUAGGAGGAAGCAAACACAACAACAAGCAUAAAGACCAUAAAGAUUCAGACCAUACAACUGGUGGGAAAAAAGGUGAGAAAAAAAGUGGUGGCCUUUUAGGUGGUUUAACAGGAGGAGUUCUAGGAGGUGAUGGACUAGUAGGUGGAGUUGUUAGUGGUAGUUUGACAGGAGGACUGAUGGGUGGAGCUCUUGGAGGUGAAAUGGCAGGAGGACUUCUUGGAGGUGAUGGACUAGUAGGUGGAGUUGUUAGUGGUAGUUUGACAGGAGGACUGAUGGGUGGAGCUCUUGGAGGUGAAAUGGCAGGAGGACUUCUUGGAGGUGAUGGACUAGUAGGUGGAGUUGUUAGUGGUAGUUUGACAGGAGGACUGAUGGGUGGAGCUCUUGGAGGUGAAAUGGCAGGAGGACUUCUUGGAGGUGAUGGACUAGUAGGUGGAGUUGUUAGUGGUAGUUUGACAGGAGGACUGAUGGGUGGAGCUCUUGGAGGUGAAAUGGCAGGAGGACUUCUUGGAGGUGAUGGACUAGUAGGUGGAGUUGUUAGUGGUAGUUUGACAGGAGGACUGAUGGGUGGAGCUCUUGGAGGUGAAAUGGCAGGAGGACUUCUUGGAGGUGAUGGACUUGUAAGUGGAGUUCUUAGUGGUGGUUUGACAGAAGGACUGAUGAGUGGAGUUCUCGGGGGUGAUAUGACAGGAGGAAUUCUUGGAGAUGAUGGACUAGUAGGUGGUUUGACAGGAGGGCUUUUGAGUGGAGCUUUUAGUGGGGAUUUGACAGGAGAACUUAUUGGAGGUGGUGGAAUAGUGGGUGGAGUUCUUAGUGGUGGUCUGUCAGGAACAAUUAUUGGAGGUGAUGGAAUGGUGGAAGGACUACUUGGAGGAGGAUUAGUUGGUGGUGGUGGUGGACUCGUGGGAGGACUACUUGAUGAUGGACUUGUGGGAGGAUUUCUUGCAGGAGAUGGUUUAGUGGGAGGAAUUCUUGGAGUUGAUGGAUUAGUGGGAGGAUUAACUGGUGAUAAUGGACUUGUGGGAGGACUUCUUGGAGAUGAAGGAUUAGUGGGAGGCUUAACUGGUGAUAAUGGACUUGUGGGUGGACUUCUUGGAGAUGAAGGAUUAGUGGGAGGAUUACUUGGUGGUGCAGGACUUGUGGGUGGACUUCUUGGAGAUGAAGGAUUAGUGGGAGGAUUACUUGGUGGUGCAGGACUUGUGGGAGGACUUCUUGGAGAUGAUGGAUUAGUGGGAGGAUUACUUGGUGGUGAAGGACUUGUGGGAGGACUUCUUGGAGAAGAUGGAUUAGUGGGAGGAUUACUUGGUGGUGAAGGACUUGUGGGAGAACUUCUUGGAGGAGAUGGAUUAGUGGGAGGAUUACUUGGUGGUGAAGGACUUGUGGGAGGAUUUCUUGGAGAUGAUGGAUUAGUGGGAGGAUUAUUUGGUGGUGAAGGACUUGUGGGCGGACUUCUUGGAGAUGAUGGAUUAGUGGGAGGAUUACUUGGUAGUGAUGGACUUGUGGGCGGAAUGCUUGGAGAUAAAGGAUUAGUGGGAGGAUUACUUGGUAGUGAAGGAUUUGUGGGAGGACUUUUUGGAGAUGAAUCAUUAGUGGGAGGAUUGCUGGGUAGUGAAGGACUUGUGGGAGGACUUCUUGGAGAUAAUGGAUUAGUGGGAGGAUUACUUGGUAAUGAUGGACUUGUAGGAGGACUUCUUGGAGAUGAUGGAAUAGUAGGAGGAUUACUUGGUGAUAAUGGACUUGUGGGAGGACUUCUUGGAGAUAAUGGAUUAGUAGGAGGAUUUCUUGGAGAUGAUGGAAUACUAGGAGGAUUUUUUGGAGAUGAUGGAUUAGUGGGAGGAUUACUUGGUGACAGUGGACUUGUGGGAGGACUUCUUGGAGAUAAUGGAUUAGUAGGAGGAUUACUUGGUGACAACGGACUUGUGGGAGGACUUCUUGGAGAUAAUGGAUUAGUAGGAGGAUUACUUGGUGACAACGGACUUGUGGGAGGACUUCUUGGAGAUGAUGGAUUAGUUGGAGGAUUACUUGGUGAUAAUGGAAUUGUAGGAGGACUUCUUGGUGAUAAUGGAUUAGUGGGAGGAUUGCUUGGUGACAAAGGACUUGUGGGAGGACUUCUUGGAGAUGAUGGAGUAGUUGGAGGAUUACUUGGUGACAAUGGACUUGUAGGAGGACUUCUUGGUGAUAAUGGAUUAGUGGGAGGAUUACUUGGUAAUGAUGGACCUGUAGGAGGACUUCUUGGAGAAGAUGGACUAGUAGGAAGUCUAGUUGGUGGUGAUUUAGUAGGAGGACUUCUUGGAGGUGAUGGAUUAGUGGGAGGAUUACUUGGUAAUGAUGGACUUGUAGGAGGACUUCUUGGAGGAGAUGGAUUAGUAGGAGGAUUACUUGGUAAUGAUGGAUUUGUAGGAGGACUUCUUGGAGGAGAUGGAUUAGUAGGAGGAUUACUUGGUAAUGAUGGGCUUGUAGGAGGACUUCUUGGAGAUGAUGGAUUAGUAGGAGGAUUACUUGGUAAUGAUGGACUUGUAGGAGGACUUCUUGGAGGAGAUGGAUUAGUGGGAGGAAUACUUGGGAAUGAUGGACUUGUAGGAGGACUUCUUGGAGGAGAUGGAUUAGUAGGAGGAUUACUUGGUGACAAUGGACUUGUAGGGGGACUUCUUGGAGAAGAUGGACUAGUAGGAGGAUUACUUGGUAAUGAUGGACUUGUAGGAGGACUUCUUGGAGAUGAUGGAUUAGUAGGAGGAUUACUUGGCAAUGAUGGAAUUGUAGGAGGACUUCUUGGAGAAGAUGGACUAGUAGGAGGUCUACUUGGUGGUGGUUUGUUAGGUGGACUUCUUGAAGAUGAUGGACUGCUUGGAGGUCUACUUGGUGGAGAUUUGUUAGAUGGACUUCUUGGAGAUGAUGGACUGCUUGGAGGUCUACUUGGUGGAGAUUUGUUAGAUGGACUUCUUGGAGAUGAUGGACUGCUUGGAGGUCUACUUGGUGGAGAUUUGUUAGAUGGACUUCUUGGAGAUGAUGGACUGCUUGGAGGUCUACUUGGUGGAGAUUUGUUAGGAGGACUUCUUGGAGAUGAAGGACUGCUUGGAGGUCUACUUGGUGGUGAUUUGUUAGGAGGACUGCUGGGUGGUGAUUUGCUUGGAGGAUUACUGGAUGGAGACUUAUUGGGAAGUGUUCUAGGCACAGUAACUGGAGCACUUGGAUCCGUCGAAAUUACCUUCCCAAGCAUUAAAAUAACCCCACUGGAUGAAGGUCUUGGAUUUUUAAUUGAAUGUACAGCUAAGAUUGGUGUUGGCGGUGAUUCUGGGGGUCUUGGAGAUAUGCUGGCUGUCAGCGUUGAAGCCGAUAUAGCACUAAAGGUCCUCUUAGAAGAUAAUGGCUCAGGCUUAGAGUUGGUGGUCGAUGAGUGUGCAGCUAUCUUUACUGGAAUUAAAUUGACUGGCCCUGGACUCGACAUCGCACAAGGUAUACUCCAUGGAAUGGCACCCGGUGCUAUAUGUCCCCUCUUCGAAGUAGCCCUUGGCCUGUUGAACACAGCCGUUGGAUUGGCCGGUGGUCUUAUACCAAUGGACAUGCUUGGAGGUCUCAUGGGUGGUGGUGGUCCAGGAGAAGAGGGACAAAGCUCCCUAACAGAUGGCUUACUUGGAAAUGAUCUUCUAGGCAUGGGAUUGAUAGACGGCAUUAUGGAUGGACCUGGAUCUAUUUUAACUGAUAUGGUUGACAUUGAUUUUAUAGAUAGUAUUUCAGGUGUACCUGGAGAUCUUGUAAGUGAUAUGCUUGACUUUGGUGUGGUAGAUAAUCUUUUUGAGGUAACUGGAGAGUUUGAUGGUAUUUUAGAUAUCCCUGGAGUUUUAGUAGAUACUUUAACAGAAAACCUUGAGUUGGUUAAUGGGUUAGACAUAUUCGAUUUGGUUCCAGAUCUGGACUCUAUCACAGGAGGAAUAGGUGAAAUAAUAGGGGAAAUAGGUAACGUCAUUGAAAACUUUGACGUGGGAGAAGUUAUAGAUGUAGCUGUGGAAAUGGUAUCAAACAUCAACGAUGUCAUAAACGACGUAGCACAGGGUCUGUCUAACGAGUUACUGGAAAUAGUGGACUUUGUGUCAGAUAUAGUGGAAGAAAUAGUUAACAUUGAUGACUUUACUGGUGAAUUAAUCCAACAAGGUGUAGACACGGUCAACUUUGUUGGAGACUUAACUGAAGGUUUCAUUGAUUUUGACACCAUAGAAAUAAUAGACGUGUCAGAUAUUCAAGAGGGUGUUGGAAUGAUUUCAGAGGUAGCAGAACAGUUCAUUGGUGAGUUCACGGAAGGCAUUAGCGGAUUUGAUGUAGAAUCAGUUGACUUUGUGUCUACUGUUGUGGAAGGUGGUUUACAAGACUUUGUGCAGGAUUCUCUUGAUCUAGGCUUUGAAGUAAUAGAGGGUAUUUCAGGUGUUUUUGAUGGUGAUAUAGCAGGAGGUAUAGUAGGAGGUAUAGACUUUGGUAGCGAUGGAGGUUCCUUUGGCAUAAUUGGAGAAGGUAUAUCAGGUGUCCAAAGCUUUGUGGAGGACUCUCAAACAAUUGAUUUAGGCUUUGAAGUAAUAGAGGGUAUUUCAGGUGUUUUUGAUGGUGGUAUAGCAGGAGGUAUAGAAGGGGUCAUAGACUUUGGUAGUGAAGGCAUAAUUGGGGAAGGUAUAUCAGGUAUUCAAACAGUUGAUUUAGGAUUUGAAGUAGUUGAAGGCAUUUCAGGUAGUCUUGAUGGUAAAACAGGUGGUAUAGCAGGAGGCAUGGGUGGAGGUUCUUUUGGCAUAAAUGGGGAAGGUAUGUCAGGUAUGGGUUUUAAUGGACAAAGCAAUGGAUGGGAAAUGACAGGAGGUAAUGGAGAGGGAAAGUUUGAAUGGUCAGUUUCAGGAGGUGACUUUGAUAUGGGAAAAUUGGGUGGGAAUUCAGGAUGGGAAUGGAGUACAGGUGAUGUUGGAAGUCUAAACUUUGGAGAAGGAUGGGAAUGGAGUGGAGACCUACAGAGUGGAGGAGGUGGAAUGUCAUGGGGUGAAGGAGGCCUACAGAGUGGAGGAAGUGGAAUGUCAUGGGGUGAAGGAGGCCUAAAGACUGGAGGAAGUGGACUGUCAUGGGGUGAAGGAGGAGGAAUGUCAUGGGGUGAAGGAGGCCUAAAGACUGGAGGAAGUGGACUGUCAUGGGGUGAAGGAGGAGGAAUGUCAUGGGGUGAAGGAGGCCUAAAGACUGGAGGAAGUGGAAUGUCAUGGGGUGAAGGAGGAGGAAUGUCAUGGGGUGAAGGAGGCCUAAAGAGUGGAGGAAGUGGAAUGUCAUGGGGUGGAGACCUACAGAGUCUAGGAGGUGAAUGGGACCUUACAGGGGGUUCCGGUGGCUGGAGCAGCUGGAGCAAUUAA